GGGCUGUGGUUGGCUGUCUGUCAGUUGUUGUUCUCACCAAGAUGGCCGCCGUCGUUGCGGAUGGAGAAUGAGCUAAGGCUGUCAUCCGAACACAGGCCGAACAAACGCAGACAACCCGCCGCUCGACCGGUACCGAAACCCGGCUGCACCCGAACCCGGACCCCGGGAACCGAAUCUGAUUCUCUUCUGAAGCAGGGGGCGCACUGACACACUGCAGACAUGGACACCACCACGUCCAUCAAGAUGACCACUCUGGCCAUCCAGAACCUGUUCAGCUACGUGGAGGAGGAGAACCUGUCCGCCCUCAAGGCUCACCUGGACCGCUUCAAGGAGGUCGACGGACGCAGCGACAACGGACAGACUCCUCUCAUGCUGGCGGCGGAGCAGGGCAGCCUGGAGAUCAUCCAGGAACUCAUCAGGAGAGGAGCCAACGUCAACCUUGACGACGUGGACUGCUGGUCGGCUCUGAUCUGUGCAGCUAAAGAAGGUCACGUGGAGGUGGUGAAGGAGCUGCUGGAGAACAGCGCCUACAUCGAGCACAGAGACAUGGGGGGCUGGACGGCUCUGAUGUGGGCGGCCUACAAAGGUCGUGAGGAGGUCACUGAACUGCUGCUGGAACACGGAGCGAACCCCAACACUACAGGACAGCAGUACAGUGUGUAUCCUAUAAUCUGGGCUGCAGGUCGAGGACACGCAGACAUCGUCAAACUGCUGCUGCACAACGGAGCUAAAGUCAACUGUUCUGACAAGUAUGGGACCACCCCGCUGAUCUGGGCGUCAAGGAAAGGACACUUUGACUGUGUGAUGCAUCUGCUGGAGAACGGAGCCGACGUGGACCAGGAGGGGGCGAACUCGAUGACGGCUCUGAUCGUGGCGGUGAAGGGCGGGUACACCGAGGUGGUGAAGGAGCUGCUGAAGAGGAACCCCAACGUCAACAUGACCGACAAAGACGGGAACACGGCGCUGAUGAUCGCCGCCAAGGAGGGCUACACCGAGAUCGUCCAGGACCUGCUGGACGCCGGGACCUACGUCAACAUCCCAGACCGGAGCGGUGACACGGUGCUGAUCGGAGCAGUGAGGGGGGGUCACGUGGAGAUCGUCAGAGCUCUGCUGCAUAAAUACGCCGACAUCGACAUCAGAGGACAGGAGAAUAAAACGGCUCUGUACUGGGCUGUGGAGAAAGGAAACGCCACCAUGGUCAGAGACAUCCUGCAGUGUAACCCCGACACUGAGACCUGCACCAAGGAUGGAGAGACUCCUCUGAUCAAAGCCACCAAGAUGAGGAACAUCGAGAUCGUGGAGCUGCUGCUGGAUAAAGGAGCCAAAGUGUCGGCUGUCGACAAGAAAGGAGACACGCCCCUCCACAUCGCCAUCCGUGGGCGGAGUCGCCGCCUGGCCGAGCUCCUCCUCAGAAACCCUAAAGACGGCCGCCUGCUAUACCGACCCAACAAGGCCGGAGAGACGCCGUACAACAUCGACUGCAGCCACCAGAAGAGCAUCCUCACGCAGAUCUUUGGAGCUCGUCACCUGUCACCCACAGAGUCAGACGGAGACAUGUUGGGUUACGACCUGUACAGCUCGGCUCUGGCAGACAUCCUCAGUGAGCCCACAAUGCAGCCCCCCAUCUGUGUGGGUCUGUACGCACAGUGGGGCAGCGGCAAGUCCUUCCUGCUGAAGAAACUGGAGGAUGAGAUGAAGACGUUUGCCGGUCAGCAGAUCGAGCCGUUGUUUCAGUUCUCCUGGCUUGUCGUCUUUCUGUCUCUGCUGCUCUGCGGCACCACCGCCGUCGUCCUCGGCUUCACCGUCGACCCGAAGCUCGCCAUGGCGGUCUCCCUCAGCCUGCUGGCUCUGCUCUACCUGUUCUUUGUGGUGGUGUAUUUCGGCGGCCGUCGGGAGGGCGAGAGCUGGAACUGGGCGUGGCUGCUCAGCACCCGUCUGGCCCGUCACAUCGGGUAUCUGGAGCUGCUGCUGAAGCUGAUGUUUGUGAACCCGCCGGAGCUGCCGGAGCAGAGCACCCGAGCUCUGCCUGUCAGGUUCCUGUUCACCGACUACAACCGACUGUCGAGUGUCGGGGGAGAAACAUCGAUGGCCGAGAUGAUCGCUACGCUGUCCGACGCCUGCGAGAGAGAGUUUGGUUUCCUCGCUACGCGUCUGUUCAGAGUUUUCAAAACAGAGGAGACACAAGGUAAGAGGAAGUGGAAGAAGACGUGCUGCAUCCCGUCCUUUAUCCUCUUCGUCCUGGUUCUGGCGUGCCUGCUCACCGGCAUGGCGCUGCUGGCCGUGUUCAAGGUGGAUGGCGAUAACCAUACGGUGAACGCCGUGCUGAUCGCCAUCGGCAGCGUGGUGGGUCUGGCUCUGCUGCUGAACUGCAGGACGUGGUGGCAGGUGACCGACUCGGUGCUGAACUCUCAGAGGAAGAGGCUCCACGGCGCCGCCAACAGGAUGCACAAGCUGAAGAGUGAAGGCUUCAUGAAGGUGCUGAAGCACGAGGUGGAGCUGAUGGCGAGGAUGGCGAAGACCAUCGACGGCUUCACGCAGCAUCAGACGAGGUUGGCGGUCGUCAUCGACGGACUGGACUCGUGUGAACAGGACAAAGUUCUGCAGAUGCUCGACACGGUGCGGGUGUUGUUCUCCAAAGGCCCCUUCAUCUCUAUCUUCGCCAGCGAUCCCCACAUCAUCAUCAAAGCCAUCAACCAGAACCUGAACAGCGUCCUCAGAGACUCCAACAUCAACGGACACGACUACAUGAGGAACAUCGUCCACCUGCCCGUCUUCCUCAACAGCAGAGGACUCUCCAGCGCCAGGAAGAUGUGUGCCGCUGCGCCGGCUAACGGGGACACUGCCACCGCUGACGGUUGGCAUGAGGAGUUGGACAGGAAGUUGUCUCAGCACAGUCUGGGAGAGUUAACCAAGUUUGGCAGCAAGACGACGCUCAACCGCAGGGACACGUACCGGCGCCGGCAGGUGCAGCGCUCGGUGACUCGGCAGAUGUCGUUCGACCUGACGAAGCUGAUGGUGACGGAGGACUGGUUCAGUGACAUCAGCCCACAGACGAUGAGGAGGCUGCUCAACAUCGUCUCCGUCACAGGCCGUCUGCUGCGAGCCAAUCAGAUCAGCUUUAACUGGGACCGCCUGGCGUCCUGGAUCAACCUGACAGAGCAGUGGCCCUACAGGACGUCCUGGCUCAUCCUGUACCUGGAGGAGACCGACGGGGUCCCGGACCAGGCCACGCUCAAGACCAUCUACGAGAGGGUGUCCAAGAACAUCCCGACCACCAAAGACGUGGAGCCUCUGCUCGAGAUCGACGGAGACGUUCGCAGCUUCGAGGUCUUCCUGUCGUCACGAACGCCGGUCCUAACGGCCCGAGACAUCCGGACCUUCCUGCCCUGCACCGUGAACCUGGACCCCAAACUGAGGGAGAUCAUAGCAGAUGUUCGUGCUGCCCGGGAGCAGAUGAAUAUGGGCGGGGUUACAUACCCGCCCGUCCCCCUGCAGGAGGCGCAGCCCCGCCCCACCUCAGUGUACUCUCAGGUGUCGUCGGCGUGCUCGCCGUCCGCGUCCUUCAGCGGGCCGUUCAACCCGCCAGCAGGGGGCGUGGUCUCCCCGCAGCCUCACAGCAGCUACUACAGCGGCAUGGUCGGCCCUCAGCACCCCUUCUACAACAGGCCAUAUUUCCCCCAUCACCUUUACCAGCUGCCACGCCCACUCAUGGCCUCCUCCUACCCAUCACACCUCCACCCUCGCCCACUACCUAAAACCUCCUUCAGUCGGGACGCCUCAGCUGCACCUUAUAAGGUUUCAUCUUUGAAAAGGAAACAGGGUUCGGCCUCCGUGGUGUCGGGUGCUCCCGCCAUCCUCCUCAGCUCCAUGGCGACGGAAUCCGUGUGCGAGCGCGUGCGGCAGAUCGAAGGCAUCGACCAGAGCAUGAUGGCACAGUACAGCGCCACCAUCAGGAAGGCGAACGUUAACGGCAGAGUUUUGUCUCAGUGUAACAUCGACGAGCUGAAGAAAGAGAUGAACAUGAACUUUGGAGACUGGCAACUCUUCAGAGCCACGGUUCUGGACAUGCGUCACAUUGAGAGUCAGGUGUUGCACGAGGAAGCUGCCAGUGAGCAAGGCAGCGUCAUGGGCGGUCACACCGAGGCAGGAAGGCGAGCCGUGGCUCCGCCCCUCGCAGGCGGCGCCAACCCGGACGCCUCCCCGAUGUACAGCUUCAACCUGAGCUUCGAGGAGCUGAGCACUGUGGGACUGGACGACCCGGCGAGACACGGAAACCUGCAGUGGAUGAGCGGCGCUCACAGAACCGCCAGCAUGACGAGCCUGAACUCGCAGGAAUCCUCCAACGACAUCGGCAAGCUGACAGACAAACAGCAGUCCGAGUACCGCAACGCCUACCAGGAGUACAUCGCCCAGAUGGCUCAGCUGGAGAUGGGCGGCGGCGGCGGCGGCGAGAGGCCCGUCCAACCGCAGCCGGGACAGUUCAUGACAUCAUCAUCAGAGGACAAGAGCAAAGAUGGCGGCGAGCAGGACGGACGAAAGUCCUUCAACAAAAGGAGCGGCGGCAAACCGGCAGCAGACAACGCCGACUUUGCAUCCAACGGCGACACACUGGACCCCAUCACAGAGGAGGACGAGAAGGGCGACCACGGGUCCUCCAAGUCUCUGCUGACCCGCAAGACCUCGGCGGAAAGAGGCGGGCUGUUCCAGGGCGCCGCUGACCUGAAGCUGAAGGCGGGCGGCGGGCUGCGCUACCAGAAGCUGACCAGCGAUGACGAGGAGUCUGAGGAGUCCGACAACGCUCCCCUCCUAAAAGAUGGCAAGAAGGUGGUCGACCCGAAGCUCCCCGGCGGCUCGCUGGCGCUGAAGGGGAAGGACUACCUGUCGGACGCCAUGUUGGACAAGAAGGACUCGUCGGAUUCUGGCGUGCGCUCCAACGAGAGCUCGCCCAACCACUCGCUGCAGGACGAGGAGGCCGACCUGUCGCAGCUGGAGAGAGCCAACCUGAUCGAGCUGGACGAGGAGAGCCAGGCCAGGAAGCGCGGACUUCCCAGCAGCCUCAGCGGCCUCCAGGACCCGGCGGUCGCCCGUAUGUCCAUCUGCUCCGAGGACCAGUGCAGCCUGCUGGCCAGCAGCCCCGAGGAGAGCUGGCCUUCCUCCAAGAGCUACAACCUGAACCGCACGCCGAGCAACGUCACGCUCAACAACAACACCAACGCCCAGCAGGGCAACCGGCCCCGCCCCCCCGCAGAGGGCUCCUCCUCCAACGCCACCUCCUCCUCCAGUGACGUCAUCAUGUCCCCGAGCUCCUCCUCCUCCUCCUCUACCACCGCCACCCGGCCGGGGCCCAACAAUGAGAACGUCAGAGUGGUCCACCUGAAGAGGGGGCUGAAACCCGGAGACCCGCCGGAGAUCUGCACCGUGUCCUCCGACACUGUCACCUUCGGCGAGGAGCGGGAGAGCAUCCUGUGACCUCACGGCGAGGAGCGGGAGAGCAUCCUGUGACCUCACGGCGAGGAGAGCACUGAGGGUCCGACCAGGAGCCGCCUUCAACCGUCUGAACCAAUCAGUAAUAAUAAUUUAAUAAUAAUUAAAACUAUCAAAACAUGAAUCCAUUUAUUAGAAAAGAUAAAAACUGAAAAGCUCCUGAUCUGUUGUUAAAACAGUGAAAUAUGAUAAUGUGACAUGAGAAGGUUGUAGAAGCGGCUGCUGGCGGACUGUUAUUGAUUAUUGAUCAGUAGUUUGAUGUUGUUGUGUAGAAACUUUAUUAGAACUAGAAGCUGCUGCAUGUUGUGAUGUGACUAAUGCCUCCAGAAACCAACACUUCAGUAUUAGUAUUAUUAUUAUUAUUAUUAUUGGUUCAAUAUUAGAGUCUUCACUGCUGUGAACUUGUAUGCAGGUAUGAAGUGAAGGUGCACUGAGAUCAGAAGAUCAGGAGCUGCAGAUGUUUAUGAAUUAUCAUCUCUAAAGAGGAGAAUAUCGGAUUUAAACCAGAUUAAAUUAAACAUUUGAUAAUUAGGAACAAAUCCUCAGAGACCACUGAUGUUAUUACAUUAAACCUCCAGUAACGGUGUGGAUGUUAAUUAUUUUAAUUGUUGGCAAACAUUCUCACAUUUUAUUGUGAAAUUUGUUUGGACUGAAGAACAAAAUGUAGAACUGAGACUUAAAGUUUAUAAUCUGAUGAGACGGAGCUGCAAACGUUUCUAUAAAACAUUAGAAAAGAUAAAGAGUUAAAGAACAAACAUAUUUAUGAUGUUUUAAAUUAGGACAUGAUGUACAAACAUCAUACUGCUUUUAUUCUGACGGACACAAUUACUGGAACUAAACACAUUGAACUGAUCCAGACUGUAGUCAGUAAUAUUUGGAUUCAUUCAUUAAUGUGCAGUUAUAAUAAAAAUUACAACAGUAGAUUUUACUUUGAGUUCUGGUACUGACUGAUUGAUCUGGGCUGAAAUAAGAGUUUCUGUUCACUCUUCAGUGUCCCUGUAACCCAGUGUGAAGUCAGUGUCCCUGUAAACCAGUGUGAAGUCAGUGUCCCUGUAAACCAGUGUGACAAUGUGUAAACUAUUUGCAGGUUUCCAACCACAGACUUUAAAAUCACAAACUAAUAAUUAUUUGAGUUUUAGAUCAUAAACUCUGUUGUUGUUGUUGUUGUUGUUGUUGUUGUGGAGGCUGCUGCACUUUCUCACACACUGAACUGUUGAUGGAGGCAGAUCAAUCAAUAAAAUCAAUCAAUAAAUCAGAUCCACUAAAACAAACUGACUGAAUAAUUAAAAGACUAAAUUGAUUUAGUAAAACAUUUAAAUGUGUUGGUGACAGAAACAAGAUGUUAAUGUGAUUAUAAUUCUAAUUAGACUCAGUUUGUAAACAAAGAAAAACAAUUAAAUUAAACUAAUUAUUGAUGAAGUCUUAGAAUAAGUUCAGUGUGUUGGAAACGUCAGUGUUCAGUAUUAACUUGUGUCCGUUCACAGUGUUUCUGUUUAUGUGAGAACAAACUAAUCUGUGAUCGUGUUUCUGCGUCAAAAAAUAAAUAAAUUAGCACUUUUUAAUAAUUUAUUCAUCGUUUCAGGUGAGAAGUUGCUGCUUUUUAUGUCAGUGAACUGAAUAUUUUGCUGUUUGAACUGUUGGACAGAAUAUUUAAAGACAUAAUGGACUCAAGGUUUCACAGAUUAAUUGAGAAAAAAAAUCAGCUGAUUAAUCAAUAGUUAAAGUAAUCGUUGGUUGAAGCUGAAGUUAAAUAUUAAGGAAUAUUAAUGAAUAUUAACGACUGACUCCUGCAGGUUUGUUCCUUUAAUCUUUAAUUGGACAGUCAGAAGAAAUGAGCAGAUAUUGAUUGUUAAACAGAAGAUAAAUAUCUGAGUAUUAUUAUAAUAAUGUUUACGUGUCGUCUGCAUGUUUUACAGUUUGCGUCUCAGUGCUCUCAACUCAACUUUAAUGUUGUGAACUAAAAGAAAUAAAACCUGGAUGUUGAACAUUGAA